AUGAUGUGGGUGUGCAUCGGGGAGCUGCAGGCACGAGAACCCCCCUGGCCUGUAUCAAACCCCCUGCAGCGGGCUGGACCCUUGGUAUCUACCAGUUGCAGGUGUAUUCCACUGCUCCUACAGCGCGUCUCUGCAGCUGCCAGCGUGGGGGGAGCUGGCAGCCAGCGACGCUUCCAAGCCGCCCAGGCCGCCGUCCCCAAGCUGUUGCCAGCCGGUGAUGAGCAGCAGGGGGUAGCUUCAGCGCUAGUAGGCGUCGACGUCCUCUCUUCUCCUCGUCUCUUUGCUUCACUCGCCGGCACGACUCGUGCUGUGCUUUUCCGCCCAUCCCCGAUCCCGAAGAAGCCGCCAAAACGCAGGGCGCAGAGGGCUUUUCUCGUGGCCGACAACUGCGCGCACUCCACCCACUCCUUUAAUCCAGGCCUAUCACGAACACUCCCACCUCUGGCGGCUCCUCGAUUCGUCCACGUACAACACAACCCUUGCACCGCAAAGAGACCGUUGCUUCCAGGUCCUCCUCGCCUGCAUGUCCCGUACUCAACCAGCCCGCCAUAUUCCUCGCCGAACGAAUGCCGUAGUCAACUGGCCCUAAUCAACUCUCCAACACACAACACCCGCGCGCCUGGCCGGCUGACCGCGCCUGCGAUCAAGAUGUCGCCCCGCAAGUUCUCAGAGGAACGGCAGGAGGCCCUGCUGGACUGGGCCCGGAACAUGAUAGCCAAAGACCUCAACAAGCCGGGUCCCAACACUACUGAGGAUCUCUACAAUGGUGCCGUCUUUUCCGACUUGCUGACAAUGCUCGACGAUGACUACAAGCCGGAUGAGCUGCAGGAGAACUUGUCCCUCGCCAGUCGGGACCUACCAAUCGAGGGCCGACAGCGGAACAUGCACAUUAUCCGCAAAGCACUCCGGAGCUUUGUCAAGCGACAGUUGGAGGUGGUCGAGGUGCUCCUCGACGAUGUCGACUUCCAGGCCCUCGACAGAGACCCCAAUGCCGACGGCAUGUGCCAGAUUCUGGCCAUCUUCCUGGUCAUUAGUGUAAACCUGCCCGACAAGUUCGUCUCCCAGGAGAUCCUCCAGGAUAUGCAGAAAACCCCCGAGGACAAGGACAGGCUGGGAUGUCUCAUGCAGAUCAUGAACCAAUCUCAGAAUAGGAUCCAGCAGGGGGAUCAGACAGAGACGCCCGAAAUCCACCACCCACCUGCUGCCGCUCCUGCCCAGGUUGGCGGCAUGGACGAGCUCGCCUUGGAGGCAGAGCUGGGGAGGCUCCACCGGGAGAUCGAGUCCCUCAAGAAGAAGAAUGCCGACCUGAUCACGGUUCACGAGCGCCUGCAGGAGAGCCACCAGGAGCUGCUGGAUCGCCACGACAGAGUCACGGCCAACCGGGACAAGCUGCAGGAGCUUCUGGAAUCAGGGGCUUACGGGGAUGGGGCCGAGAAGAAGAAACAGCUGCAGGAGCAGAACCGGCUCAUCGACAACCUCGAGAUGCAACUGGACGAUGCCAGACGAGCCAAGGAGGAGCUGGAGCGUGUCAAGGUUCGGCUCGAGACGGAACUGAGCAAGCUGGUACCGCUGGCGCAAGAGUACCAAGACCUCAAGCAGGAGAACGAGGACCUGUCCAAGAAGGCCAACGCCGCCGAGCACCUGAAGCAAAAGCUGGAGAAGCUUAGAGGGCUUGAGACCGAGGUCAAGAAACUGCGGGAGGAGAGAAAUGCCUUCUUCGAGGGCCAGGAACAGAUGAUGACGUUCCAGAAACAAGUCAUGGCCUUGUCGUCAGAGCGUGACCAGCAGGCCCGGAACAUGCAAGCAUACGAAAUUCAGGUAUCGGAAUUCAACGCCCAGAAGAUGGCCUGGACAAUGGAAUACCAAAAGUUGCAACGGCACCUGGAAACCAUGGAAUCAAAAUCCAAGGAGGACGAGGAGAUGGUGAGAGACCUGCAGGAGAAGGUCAUGCUUCUGGACCCUUCCGCCGUCUCGGAUGCGCCCUACUCUGCACGGACGCAGAGCCGCUCCCUCGAGGACGAGCUCGAGGGCACUACGAGCGAGACGCAUACCUUGAAAGACCUCGAGAUAUCCCGCCUACAGACCGAGAAUGCGCUCCUCAAGAGCAGUAUAGGUACCGAAACCGACAAGGGCAAGCUCAUCCACGAGAUUGACAAGGAGCGCGACGCUCGCAAAGCUCUACAGGACAAGUACAACAGCCUUUUCGAGAAGCAUACCAUCGAUAGUGCUGCUCUGGACGCCCUCGCAGCCAAGCAAGAGAACGAGGCCGUGGCCAAUCUCCGCAAGCAGGCAUUGGCCGAGGAGAAGCGAGCCAAGGACCUUGCCCAGCAACUCGAGGCGACCCAGACGCGGCUCAAGGACAAGGAGCGGGGGCUGAUAGAUGCCCAAGGCGACCUCAGAGCGUUGGCCGAGGGCAAAGAUGCUCUCACCGAGCUCAAGAAUACAGACGGCAUGCUCGCCGUGUCGCUACGUGCCGAGCUCGACUCGCUGCGCAAGAAGUACGACGGCCUCAAGUCCGACUUUGACGCGCGGCAGGAGCAGCUCGUCUCGGCGCUCAUCGACAAGGACCAGCUGCGCAAGGAGGUCGAGGCGGCCAACGCCGAGCUGCAGAAGGCGGCGGCCGACGGCAAGGCGGUGGACCCCAACGUGGCCAAGACGACGGACAAGAUCGAGCGGCUGCGCGUCAAGUACAAGGAGCUGAGCGAGCGGUACGACAAGUCGGAGCUGGCGCGGCACGAGCUCGACAAGACGCUCAAGGCGGUGCGCGCCGGCACGGCCGAGGGCGCCCGCAACGCCCAGCAGGAGCAGACCAUCAAGAACCUGCAGCGCGAGAACGCCAUGAUCGCCACGGCCUGGUACGACCUGACCAGCCGCCUGCAGAGCAACCACGUGGUGCUGCAGCGCCGCAACGACGCCCCCAAGAGCUGGCUGAACAAGCAGAGGCAGAUGGUCAAUGCUACGCCGCGGAGGUAG